AAUACUCGACUCGAGUUCGAUAUGAGUAAAGUUCGAAUUCGGCUCGAGCUCGAAAAAAUUUUAACGAACCAAGUUUGAGCUCUUCAAAGCUCGGUUCGGUUCCAUUCGUUUACAGCCCUAGAAAUUGGGAAUGAUGAUGCAAAGCAGCACUAUAAAUGUGUACAAGUGGAAGACUCUGCUGCCCCUUUUUGUUUAUGGCUAUCUUAUCUAGAGAUCUUGCAGACAGCUGGUUCAAUGGCUCAAUUCCACCAGCACUCUGUUCCCUUCCUUCUCUCCAAGUUCUGUUCCUUUACAACAAUUUGCUAUCAGGAGGAAUUCCACCACAACUUGGGAAUCUUACAAGCCUAGUAGAACGGGAUUUGUCUGACAACCAGCUCUCAGGUGUUCUCCCCAAAGAGUUAGGACACCUUAGAAACCUUGAACGCUUGGUUUUGAUUAACAAAGAGUUCACUGGUGAAUUGCCUCAAAGCUUAGCACGUUUAAAAAAGAUGGUCAACCUAUUCAUUUUCGGAAAUAACUUCUCUGGCAGGAUACCAGAAUACAUUGCUAAGUGGGAGAAUCUCAAGUAUCUGGGACUGAUAGGAAACAGUUUUGAAGGGCCUUUUCCUGAUGCACUCUCAUCUUUAAACCUUUCUGAGCUGCAUGUUUCUGACUUAACAGGAAGCAAUGAAGGAAGAGGUUUUCUAUUCCCAAAUAUAUCAGGAAUGACUUCUUUGGAAUGGAUGACAUUGAGGAACUGUUCACUGACUGGUCCAAUCCCUACAUUUGUUAGUCAAAUGAAAUCCCUAUAUUACAUGUAUCUUAAAGGAAACAAGCUUAAUGGAUCAGUCCCCAGAUGGCUUGCUGGUUCAAAAGCAUUAUACGCGUAUGUGUUCGUAUUUAUACUUUUCUCUUUGUAGCUACUGGUUCUUAACGGGGAGUGCUGUAUGCCAUUGCAUCACUGCUGCUUCAUUGUUUCUACAGUUUCUUUCAAAUGGUUUACGAGUACUAUUAUGUUUUUUUUAUAUAUAUUUUUCAUAUUCAUAUAAAAAUAAAAAUAAGAAAAUUUUAGCCGCUAUUUAUUCUUUAAUCGUGUAAUUGUUUGAUUUUUAACCCCUAAUUUACUAAUAUUAACAAGAAAAUCAAUUGAUGUGACAACAUGAGUAGCUUUAAUGUUUUAAUGUCAGAAUUCAAUCACACUACAAUAUAAGCACAUUUUGGUAAAAAGCUUAUACUUGGGAUCAGAAUGGUCAAUAGAAUUUCUUAUCUAGAAAACUUUUUAUUUUCAAUAUUAUUCUAAUAAUUAAUCUAUAGAAAUUUGAUUAUUAUACUAAGUUUGAAUUGAGAAAGGAAGUGUAAAGAGAAAAAUAAAUUAUAAA